AUGAGGGAUGAGAGGAAAACAAAUUCAUCUAAUUCUUUUCACCGAGAUGAGACUAUUGUUAUUGCCUUGGCUUCAGUCUCUGUAUUAGCUGUUUUGAUUGCUGCUAUAUUCUUUGGAUAUAGGAUGCUUGCAGGGGACCGUAAGCAAGGUCUACACAGUAUGAACAUGAUGGAGGCAGCAGCAUCAGAGCCUUCACUAGACCUGGAUAAUCUAAAAUUGCUAGAACUAAUUGGCCGGGGGCGAUAUGGAGCUGUGUAUAAAGGUUCCCUAGAUGAGCGUCCAGUGGCUGUAAAAGUAUUUUCCUUUGCUAACCGCCAGAACUUUAUCAACGAGAGGAACAUCUACAGAGUCCCACUGAUGGAUCAUGACAAUAUUGCCCGCUUCAUUGUGGGCGAUGAGCGAUUCACUGCGGAUGGACGUAUGGAAUAUUUGUUGGUGAUGGAAUAUUAUCCCAACGGUUCUUUGUGCAAGUAUUUGAGUCUUCACACCAGCGACUGGGUGAGCUCCUGUCGUUUGGCACAUUCGGUAACCAGGGGCCUGGCAUACCUUCACACAGAGUUACCUAGAGGAGACCAUUAUAAACCUGCAAUUUCCCAUCGUGACUUGAACAGCCGUAACGUAUUGGUGAAGAAUGAUGGAACAUGUGUAAUUAGUGAUUUUGGAUUAUCCAUGAGAUUAACUGGAAAUCGACUGGUACGUCCGGGCGAGGAGGACAAUGCAGCCAUUAGUGAGGUUGGUACAAUCCGCUAUAUGGCUCCUGAAGUGCUCGAAGGAGCAGUGAACUUGAGGGACUGUGAAUCUGCUCUGAAACAAGUAGAUAUGUACGCACUAGGCCUUAUCUACUGGGAGAUCUUCAUGAGAUGCACAGACCUCUUCCCAGGGGAGUCGGUGCCAGAGUACCAGAUGGCAUUCCAGACAGAAGUUGGAAACCAUCCCACUUUUGAAGAUAUGCAAGUACUGGUAUCUAGGGAGAAGCAACGACCAAAAUUCCCAGAAGCUUGGAAAGAGAACAGCCUGGCUGUGAGGUCCCUUAAAGAGACGAUCGAAGACUGUUGGGACCAAGAUGCUGAAGCUCGACUGACAGCGCAGUGUGCUGAAGAGAGGAUGGCUGAACUCAUGAUGAUUUGGGAGAGGAACAAAUCAGUCAGCCCAACAGUCAAUCCUAUGUCUACUGCCAUGCAGAAUGAACGCAACCUGUCACAUCACAGGCGUGUGCCAAAAAUCAGGCCGUAUCCAGAUUACUCUUCUUCAUCUUAUAUUGAAGACUCAAUCCACCACACUGACAGUAUAGUGAAGAACAUUUCUUCUGAGCAUUCAGUGUCCACUACACCAUUGACUUCAGGGGAGAAGAACAGAAACUCCAUUAACUAUGAACGACAGCAAGCACAGGCUCGCAUCCCUAGCCCUGAGACUAGUGUCACCAGUUUGUCCACCAACACAACUACCACCAACACAACUGGCCUCACGCCUAGCACUGGCAUGACUACCAUAUCUGAGAUGCCUUACUCAGAUGAAACAAACCAACAUGCUACAAAUGUCAUGCAGCCUGUUGGACCAACUCCUGUUUGUCUGCAACUAACAGAGGAGGACUUAGAAACCAACAAGCUGGAUCCAAAAGAAGUAGAUAAGAACCUAAAGGAGAGCUCUGAUGAGAAUCUGAUGGAGCAUUCCCUUAAACAGUUCAGUGGACCAGAUCCACUCAGCAGCACCAGCUCCAGCUUGCUUUAUCCGCUGAUCAAACUUGCAGCAGAGGUGACAGGACAGCAGGACUUCACACAAGCUGGGAAUGGUCAAGCAUGUUUGAUUCCAGAUGUCCCAUCUACUCAGGUCUACCCUCUACCCAAGCAGCAGAACCUUCCGAAGAGGCCUACUAGUCUACCUUUAAACACCAAAAAUUCAACAAAGGAGCCACGACUGAAAUUUGGUGGCAAGCACAAAUCAAACUUGAAGCAAGUGGAAACUGGAGUUGCCAAGAUGAAUACGAUCAAUGCUGCAGAACCUCAUGUGGUAACAGUUACCAUGAAUGGAGUGGUUGGGAGGAGCCAAAGCAUAAACUCGCAUGGUGUAACAACCCAAUAUGCCAAUGGUGCAGUGCCAUCUGGCCAGACAACCAGUUCAGUGGCGCACAGGGCCCAGGAAAUGCUGCAGAAUCAGUUCAGUGGAGAGGACAGUCGGCUGAAUAUUAACUCAAGCCCUGAUGAGCAUGAACCUUUACUGAGACGGGAGCAGCAAGUUGGCCAAGAUGAAGGUGUUUUGGAUCGUCUAGUGGACAGGAGAGAGCGACCGCUGGACAAUGGCCGAACAAACGCCAAUAACAACAACAGUAAUCCAUGUCUAAUGCAAGAUGUUACUACACUUGGCACCCAGAGAAUGACAACAUAUCCUGUGCAGACCCAGACUAGAAGAGCACAGAGGCCUAAUUCACUAGAUCUAUCGGCCACAAAUUCUUUGGACAGCAGUAGCUUGCAAUUAGGUGACUCAUCACAAGACGGCAAACCGGGCUCAGGAGAAAAGAUCAAGAAACGUGUGAAAACUCCAUAUUCACUUAAGCGGUGGCGCCCUUCAACAUGGGUCAUCUCCACUGAACCACUGGACUGCGAGGAGACAUGACACUAGAAAGGGAAGCUCUAAGCAAGACAGUGUUGAACAAAAUGUGAGGAAACAAAGUAAGUCUGCCAUCUUUCCAUUUAAUUUUUGCUGCAGUUUCACAGUUUAUAUUUAUGAACAUUUUUUAUUGAUUGCUAUUAAUGUGUAUUUAUCAGAAAUCCUAAUGAACUGUCCUACUAAGAUCUUGAGUAUAAGUAGGUUGCAUUUUGUUACUUACAAGAGAAAAAAGCCUGACUUAUGAUUGACACAAAAGAUUCAUGUGAUGAGCAGCUAAGCGUCUAUUAAAUACCUCCGCAGAGGUAAAUAUUGAGGUCUGGAGCCAUGUCCAUCAAAUUGCAUAUGGAAGUAUGUUUAUCCUAAUUGGCAGCAGCUGAGUAAAGUGAAAACUAGUUUUCUUAGAGUUUUGUAUAGACCUCUUAAUUCAUCUUGCUAUUAGAAUUUUAAACAUACACUUUUAAAAGUUAUGGCCAUGUGGGAGAGAUUUAAAUUUUUUAUGGUGAAAACACUCAGAACAUAUGUAACACUAUAUACAUUGACUUCAUGUAUUGUGACCAUUAAUCUCUUGAGGUGAGUGACCACAACUUCCUCCCAGGGUAAUAGAACUUGUCUAUUUAAAAAGAAGUAAUUACUUCCUUACUGGCCAUUCCACCCACAUGAGGCCGGUGUCUCAAGAGUGAUUAUUUCCCCUGCUGAAAUAAAUUUUAUAAGAAGUAAUUAGCUAAAAAAUUGAAGUAUCUAGCGUGGUGUGGCACUGAGCAAAGCUUUGUAGCUGUAUUUGAAAAUGGCUCAUGUUCCAACACCUUAAAAAACUGUGGAAAAAUGAUUCAGUCAGCAUGCCAAAUUCCUAUGGCAGGAUGCUGGCAGUCAAGAUUUGCCACCAAACUUGCCUUUUUUCAGCUGACUGAAUCUGAUUUUCUGUCCUUUCAAGACCAUUAAUUUCCUUGAUAUUGCUCUGGUACAAUCUUUCCCUAUAAGGUAACUUUUUGUAACUCUCUUUGAGCCUCUGAUGAUUCCUGCCAUAUGUAAUAUAUGGCCUUCCAUAUCUGACUCUGUUUCCAAGCUUCCUUGUUUGUAUUCCUGUCUCUUUCUGGCAUCUUAUCCUGCUUCCUAAAUGCUGUAGGCCAGAUUCUGCUGUCAGUUACACCAGUAUAAAUCCAGAGUUACUCUGCUAUUAUACUGGUGUAACUGAAAUCAGACUCUAGCCCAGUAUAGUUGCAGGAGUGUAAAUCGGCAGAAUUUGGCCUCCAGCUCUUUAAGCACUGCCCAGGUCCUUACACCCAAAUAAAGGCCCCUGCUUUUCUCUUAGGCACAAUUCUGUUAACCUAAUGUAUAAAUAUACAGCUGCUUCUCUUUAUGUUACUAAAAAAUUUCUCCAUUUUAUUUUCAGUUCUUUCUCCUGCUUGCCAUCUGUUGCAAUCUUACAUCCCAGAUACUGAAAACUUGCCACUUGCUCACUUGGCUUGCAUUACACGCCGAUCUGAAUUCUUGGCACUAUAGUCAUAAUAUUGCCUGUGCUUUUUGUUUCUUUUGGGGUUUACCUCACUUGAAAUUCUUCACACUUUUUGGGUCUAUGUGUGAAUUUCUGGAGUACAAUACUUUGUUUUUUGCAACAAUCACGAUAUCAUAUGCAUAAUGAAGAUUGCUCACAUCUCUUCUAGUGACUUUUUGCUUUGCCUUAAGUGUAACCUUUAUCAUCAUUUCAGAGUGUUAGUUUAAAACACAUCUGUAAAACACUCUGUGACAGUUCUCAGGGCACAGUUCUCAGGACUGUGUGUCACCUUGAUUGCCCUCUACCUCCAGCAAGAGGGAGUCUUUCUUAUGGUAGCUGGGUGUCAGCUCCUUGACACCAUGAGCCUUUCAGCCGCUCACGCACUCUUCUCUGAGCUAUGCCAUCCCUAACUUCACCUUGCACCCCAAUCCCUGAGUCCUUUUGAAUUAUUCCCCGGCGAUAUCCAGCCCCUAACAUUAGCUACUCACAAAAAUUCCAGACCCGCCCAUUUUAUUUUAAAUCACGGCACCUGUAAACCACACAGCACUUGUGAGCAUUCAGACUAAAACAAAACUAGGGGUAUUUAAGAAAGAAUAAAGAUUUCACUAGAAGUGAGAGAAAGUGAUAGAAACAACUUAUGACACAGCAAACCUGGGUCUACACUUACCAAUGAUUACCUUUCCUAUAUAAUAAGAUAGUCUUUCCCUCCAGGGUUCAGUCAGUUGCUGAGCUGGCUGGUGUCACAACAAUCAGGAUCUAAAUGUUCAUGAAAGCCCCCUGCUCCGUAAGUGGUUUCCUCAGUGAAUGGAUCCAGAGUGCCUUUCGCUCUUUUGUCUUAUUCAUAGCCCUGGUGAUAUCCUGCCUGCUGUAAUAUUCCUUUUCACCUCCAAGUGGUUUCAAUCAUUGGCAGUUGUCUUUGAGGGUUUUCAUUGACUGUUCUGGGAUGUGGCCAAGUUAGAUAAUAGACAUUUGCAUUGCCUUGCCAGCUGACUGGGGAGGGGUGACAACUCCCUCUUGCUUGAAUGAGACAUCAUCGAAACAUGUUGCUCCGGUGACUAACUUUUACUCCAAUACUUUCAGUAUAAAUACAUUAUUUCUUAAAUAUCCGUACAUACAUCUCGCAAUGAUUGAGUCUUGACAAGUUAUGAGCUUUCUAUAGAUAUCUUUUGUUACCCUUUAUGGAUAAAUAUCCUGUAAGAUGUGUUUGGUGCAGUGAGUUUGUCAGGUCUGAGGUCAGAGAUGUUUGCAAAGAACAGGGGCCCUUUGCCAAGGAGCCUCUGUAUCACACUCUCUCACACUUUUCUAAGGGUUUGUCUACACUACAGCCUAUGCCAGCAAAAUUUGUGUCGGUCAGGGUGUGAAUAUUCCAUCUUCCCCGCACAACAUAAGUUACACCGACAUAAGCACUCGUGCACAUUGGGAUGUC